AUGAAGUCACUGAUACAAGUCGGUAUAAUUUUAGCUAUUCUCGCCAUUGGCACAAACAGUGUCCAAGCGGUAGAGAAAACUGCAUCCUCUACGGAUGAGCCGCGUUUGCUGACACUACAAACCCAGGCGAGUCCGGCGCCAGCUCCUCCCGUUCAGCAAGUGAUUGUUCAGGAGGAAGCAGAGCCCAGCUAUUAUUAUCCACCACCGCCACCACCAUCCUAUCCAAGUCAUCAUCAUCAUCAACAGUGUCAAUGUCCGCCUGGUCCGCCGGGACCACCAGGUCCUCCGGGAAAGCCAGGUAAUGCAGGCUCCAAAGGAUCCAAGGGCGAUAAGGGACAAAAGGGCGACACAGGCUAUCCGGGCAGACCCGGCCCAGUGGGACCACCUGGACCACCAGGCUAUCCUGGCUAUCCUGGUGGACAAUAUCCCCCACCCCACAAUCCUCCACAUCCCCCACCAGGACAUCACGACUACAGACUAUAUCCAAAUGUCGACUAUUAUCGCAACAAUUAUUAUGACCACGACAAUGAUCUCUACGAUGACAACAAUGAAAGAUCCUUAAGUAAAUCUCGCAAAAAGUCAAACAAAUCGAAAAUCUAUUUAGCAAUUACUCCACUCCGAAAUCCUUUUGAAUGA